UGGCAGUGCCUGGGGGGCUGACGCGGGAGCUCCGGAUUCUUGUGCCUGACGGGUUUGCACGGGAGCUCCGGAUUCUUGUGCCUGACGGGUUGACACUGGAACUCUAGAUUCUUGUGUUUUACGGGUUGACACGGGAGCUCCGGAUUCUUGUGCCUGACAGGUUUGCACGGGAGCUCCGGAUUCUUGUGCCUGACGGGUUUGCACGGGAGCUCCGGAUUCUUGUGCCUGACAGGUUUGCACGGGAGCUCCGGAUUCUUGUGCCUGACAGGUUUGCACGGGAGCUCCGGAUUCUUGUGCCUGACAGGUUUGCACGGGAGCUCCGGAUUCUUGUGCCUGACAGGUUUGCACGGGAGCUCCGGAUUCUUGUGCCUGACAGGUUUGCACGGGAGCUCCGGAUUCUUGUGCCUGACAGGUUUGCACGGGAGCUCCGGAUUCUUGUGCCUGACAGGUUUGCACGGGAGCUCCGGAUUCUUGUGCCUGACAGGUUUGCACGGGAGCUCCGGAUUCUUGUGCCUGACAGGUUUGCACGGGAGCUCCGGAUUCUUGUGCCUGACAGGUUUGCACGGGAACUCCGGAUUCUUGUGUUGCUGUUUCUUCUGGGAGCAAGGACUGUCUUUCGGGGGGAGGGCCCGUCGUGUGUUUGUACAGCACCUCCAUCAAGAGGGGUCAGGGUUUGGCGUCUCUAGGUGCUCUUGCAAUGCAAAUAAUAGUGCACCGAGUGCUUGUCCCUUACAGGCAACCUAGCGGAGCGCUGAUUUGUUUUGUAACUAUAGCUACCUCCCCCCACGCCUCCCCCAGAAAGCCAAGCCGCCUCGCUUGCCUCCCAGCUAAGCCUGCCGGCGAAAUCCCCGCCUGGCCGGAGAGGGAGCGCUGCUUUACACGGGCACGUGUCUGUUCCUCUUUGCAGCUCACCGGCUGGAGCAACUCCGCGAGUUCGAGAUUGUCACCCCCCGCCGGGUGGACGAAUUCGGAGCCCCCCUUCCCACGCACGCCCCCUUCCAGCGCCAGAGGCGAAGUGUCCCCGCCGAUCCGGAGCCCGCGCCCCCUCUCUGCCUUUGGGCAGCAGUUCCUACUGAACCUCACGGCCCACUCCGGAUUUAUCGCGCCACUUUUCACCGUCAGCCUGCUGGGGGGGCCUGGUGGGAACCAGACGGAGCUGGCCAGCGAUGUGAGGCACUGCUUUUACCGAGGCCACGUCAAUGCCCAGCCCCGGCACACCGCCGUCAUCAGCCUCUGUUCAGGGAUGCUAGGCAUGUUCAGAUCUCACGAUGGGGACUAUUUCGUAGAGCCGCUGCUGUCACCCGAUGAACAAGAGGAGGAAGAAGAGCACAGUAAGCCACAUGUGGUCUACAGACACCGUGCCCUGCAACAAGACUCCCCCAGGAACAGGCAUGCUUGUGAUACUUCAGGGCAUGAAAAUAGUCACAAGAAGAGCAAGAGGAAAAACCAGAGAAGACCAUGGCAAGAAAGUAGUCUGGUACCUGACGUGGAGGUGUUCAAACGUAGCAUAGAAGGAAAUCAAUUUUCCACAGUUAGCAACAAGACUGAGAACACAGGAGAAGGCAAGACGCACCGAAGAGCAAAGCGUUUCCUCUCUUACCCUCGCUUUGUGGAAGUCAUGGUGGUGGCGGACAGCAGAAUGGUUGCCUAUCACGGAGCGAACCUACAACACUAUGUCCUAACGUUAAUGUCAAUAGUAGCCUCUAUCUAUAAAGACCCAAGUAUUGGAAAUUUAAUUAAUAUUGUGAUUGUGAAAUUAGUCGUGAUCCAUAAUGAACAGGAUGGCCCUUCAAUAUCGUAUAAUGCCCAGACAACAUUAAAAAACUUUUGCCAAUGGCAGCAUUCCCAGAACCACCCUGAAGAACACAACCUGCCCAGACAUGAUACCGCCGUCCUUGUUACCAGACAGGAUAUAUGUAGAGCUCACGACAAAUGUGAUACAUUAGGUCUGGCUGAGCUGGGCACCGUGUGUGAUCCGUACAGAAGCUGUUCAAUUAGCGAAGAUAACGGACUAAGUACUGCUUUUACGAUAGCACAUGAACUUGGCCAUGUAUUUAACAUGCCCCAUGACGACAAUAAUAAGUGCAAAGAAGAUGGAGGGAAAAAUCAGCAACACGUCAUGGCACCAACAUUGAACUUCUACACCAACCCCUGGAUGUGGUCAAAAUGCAGUAGGAAAUACAUUACUGAGUUUCUAGACACCGGUUAUGGGGAGUGUUUGCUCGAUGAGCCUGUCUCAAGAACUUACACGUUGCCUCAGCAACUCCCAGGAGUAAUUUAUGAUGUUAAUAAACAAUGUGAGUUAAUUUUUGGACCGGGCUCUCAAGUCUGCCCCUACAUGCAGAUGCAGUGCCGUCGACUCUGGUGCAUUAACAUCGAUGGAGCGCACAAAGGAUGCCGUACUCAACACACACCUUGGGCUGACGGGACAGAGUGUGAACCUGGAAAGCACUGCAAGUAUGGGGUGUGUGUCCCCAAGGAGCGAGAGGCGCCAGUAAUCGACGGAGCGUGGGGUUCAUGGAGUCCCUUUGGCAGCUGUUCCAGAACCUGUGGCGGCGGCAUAAAAACCGCAGUUCGCGAAUGCAACAGGCCUGAGCCCAAGAACGGUGGGAAAUAUUGCGUGGGUCGUCGAAUGAAAUUUAAAUCCUGCAACACUGAACCAUGCUCUAAACUAAAGAAAGACUUCCGAGAUGAGCAGUGUGCUGACUUUGAUGGGAAGCAUUUUAACAUUAACGGUCUACCUCCUAAUGUGCGUUGGGUUCCUAAAUACAGUGGAAUUUUAAUGAAAGAUCGGUGCAAGUUGUUCUGCAGAGUAGCAGGAAACACUGCCUACUAUCAGCUCAGGGACCGAGUUGUGGAUGGUACCCCUUGUGGCCCAGAUACAAAUGACAUCUGUGUGCAAGGACUUUGUCGGCAAGCUGGCUGCGAUCACGUGCUCAAUUCAAAGGCAAGAAGAGACAAAUGUGGUGUUUGUGGUGGCGAUAACUCUUCAUGCAAAACUGUCGCGGGCACAUUCAAUACUGUGCAUUAUGGCUAUAACACCGUGGUACGCAUACCCGCUGGUGCUACAAAUAUUGAUGUGCGGCAGCACAGUUACUCAGGGAAACCCGAAGACGAUAACUACCUUGCAUUAUCCAACAGUCAUGGAGCCUUCAUCUUGAAUGGAGACUUUGUCGUCAGUAUGUUUAAAAGGGAAAUCAAAGUUGGGAACGCUGUGAUUGAGUACAGUGGCUCAGACAAUACAAUCGAAAGGAUCAAUUCAACGGAGCGCAUUGAACAAGAAAUUGUUCUUCAGAUUCUGUCGGUGGGUAAUUUGUAUAACCCGGAUGUUCGAUACGCAUUCAAUAUCCCGAUUGAAGACAAACCUCAGCAAUUUUACUGGAACAUCUACGGCCCCUGGCAAGCCUGCAGUAAACUUUGCCAAGGGGAACGAAAAAGGAAACCCAUUUGUACCAGGGAAUCUGACCAGCUCAUGGUGUCCGAUCAAAGAUGCGAUCGAAUCCCCCAACCUGAUCCAGUGACUGAGCUUUGUGGCACAGAAUGUGAAUUAAGGUGGCAUGUUGCUAGAAAGAGCGAGUGUGCCGCUCAGUGUGGGCUGGGAUACCGAACACUGGAGGUCUACUGCACGAAGUACAGUCGGUCGGAAGGGAAGACGGAAAAAGUCGACGACCGGUUCUGCAACGGCCAAGCCAAGCCAAACACUAGGGAGAAGUGCUUUGGCGACUGUAAUGUCGGAGGAUGGCGGUAUUCAGCCUGGUCAGAUUGCUCGAAGAGUUGUGGCGGCGGCACGAGGAGACGGCGCGCCAUCUGCGUGAACACCCUCAACGACGUCCUGGACGACAGCAAAUGCAGCCAGCAGGAGAAACUCAUUGUGCAGCGCUGCAGUGACUUCCUGUGUCCCCAGUGGAGAACAGGCGACUGGUCGGAAUGCUUGGUCACCUGUGGGAAAGGGCACAAACACCGCCAGGCUUGGUGCCAGUUCGGAGAAGAUCGAUUAAACGACAGGUUUUGUGCCCCGGAGACGAAGCCCGAGUCUGUGCAGACCUGUCAGCACCAGGAAUGUGCCUCCUGGCAAGUAGGGCCGUGGGGACAGUGCACAGUGACUUGUGGGCAGGGCUACCAGAUGAGAGCGGUGAAGUGUGUCGUGGGGGCCUAUGUGUCAGUCGUGGACGACAAUGAGUGUAACGCUGCCACCAGGCCGACGGACACGCAGGACUGUGAAGUCGCUGCGUGCCCGUUCCAUCCAGCGGCUCCGGACUCGAAAAGAUCUCUGCUCGGCGUUCACAGGACACAAUGGAGAUUUGGAUCCUGGACGCCGUGCUCGAUGACAUGUGGGAAAGGGACCAGGAUGAGAUACGUCAGCUGCCGUGAUGAUCAGGGUUCAGUGGCGGGGGGACUCCCGAAGCCUUCGGCAACAGAGGUGUGCACCGUAACCCCCUGUGGACAGUGGAAAGCCCUGGAGUGGAGUUCUUGUUCGGUGACGUGCGGCCAAGGGAAGGCCACGCGGCAGGUGGUCUGUGUGAAUUACAGCGACCAGGUGGUCGAUGGAAGUGAAUGCGAUCCAGACGAUCUCCCGGCCACGGACCAGGAUUGCUCGGGGUCUUCCUGUCAGAACAGCCAUGACUACGACAGACCGAUCCGCCCUUUCCCCUACCCAGAGCAGCGGCCGAAACCCCACCCGGGGGGGAACCCCAGCCAGAACGCUGGCCCUGCGCGUGUCCCGGGAGGCAGCCAAUGGAGAAUUGGCCCGUGGGGUGCUUGCUCUAGUACGUGCGCCGGGGGAUUUCAGCGGCGGGUGGUGGUGUGCCAGGAUGAAAACGGAUACACCGCAAGGAACUGUGAGGAGAAAGCAAAGCCUGUUGAGCAGAGAUCAUGUGAAUCUGGCCCUUGCCCUCAGUGGGCGUAUGGCAGCUGGGGAGAGUGCACAAAGUCAUGUGGUGCAGGAACAAGAACACGGCUCGUGGCAUGCCAGCGCCCUAGUGGCGAAAGGUUUCCAGAUCUGAGCUGUGAAAUUCUCGACAAACCACCAGACCGUGAGCAGUGCAAUAUGCAGAACUGUCCUAGAGAUGCUGCCUGGAAUUCUGGUCCUUGGAGCUCGUGUUCUGCCUCUUGUGGCCGGGGCCAUAAACACCGAAAUGUGUACUGCUUAUCAAAGGAAGGCAACCGCUUAGACAAUGAUUAUUGCAAGCACCUCGCUAAACCCAAUGUGCAAAGAAAGUGCAGAGGGGGCAGAUGUCCAAAGUGGAAAACAGGAGACUGGGGACAGUGCUCGGUGUCCUGUGGGCGAGGAAUGCAGCAGAGAACUGUGUAUUGCCACGCCGGCGCUCAGAAAACAGCCAGGGAGACAGACUGUUCCCCCGUGCGC